AUGUCCGUCUCCUCAUGUGGCCGCCUCAAGGGGCGCCAUCGCCUUAGCGGUGCCCACUCUUUGCUGCCCUGGCCGGUCCUCUCCUUCGGUGUUCCAGGCCCUCAGAGGGUCCCCGAAGCCUCUCCUCGGCCGACAUGGCGGACUCGGCCUUGUCCCUCCCCUCCCCCCGCCGGGGCCCCGGGAGCGCUGGCGCCGCCUCCACCCUUCUGGGGAAGGACCCCCGCUCAGCACCCGGAGCGCCUGCAUCGACGCCCGCCCUUCUGCCUGGGGAUGCGGGGCACUGAGAGCGGCCCCUCCUCCAGGCCGGAUGCAGUCCGGGUCGGCUUGGCCAUCACGGGCGCAGGGCCCGCCUACAGUGGCCAGCCAGAGCCUGUCGCAGACGAUCUCCCGAAGCGGCGGGGCCCGGAGCGAGGGAAGGAGCAAGCCGACAAGGGGGCGCCUGCAUUUCCGCCCGAAGGACAGAUCAGGAGGUCCGGAGGGCUGCGGAAGAGCCUCGCCUACUCGCGGGCCGCGCCUCAGCGCCCUCCUCGCCGGGUGGCCCUGGGCCAGUCAUCGCCCCUCUGGGCCUACGAGCAACGGCGGCCAUCCCGGGGGCGCCCCUUGGACACUCCAGAAGUGUCGGCCCUGGUGCGCGUGUCCGGCGGCCUGCCGGGCUCCGGCCGUGCCCGGGCACCCCCACGGGCGCUCAGCCGCCCGGCACGUCCGGCCCUGAACGUGGAAGGCUUGGAUGAAGUGGCAGACAAGCAGGCGGGUCCCAGGCGGGACUUCCGUGAAGCGCCGCCAGCACGGGGAGAGCCCCACGUCGGGCCCGGCGACGGCGCUGAGCGCGGGUCGGCUUUGGCCGCUGAGGACGCCUUCAGGGCUCUGCGCUCAAAAGGCAGCCUUGACCCGGCCCGGCCACCCGAGGCAGGAGGGCCGGAAGAGAGGUCGGCCGUUCCCCAGGCUCCGGAAGCCAAGGCCGGGGCUGGAGGUGAGCAAGGCCGGCUGGGCGGCAGGGAGCAGGAGCGGGCCAGCCGCGAGCCGCAGCCUGGUGCGCCUUCUCAGCGGGGGGGGCUCGGCCAGGCCGCGCUUUGCCGGGCUCUUCCUCUUCUGGACCUUCUCAGCGAGUCCCUUUUCUAG